GGAGGAGGCUUGCUUCAACAUCUUGUACUUCAAGCACGCGCAUGUUGACGAAUAUGCAGUUGUCAAGAACAUCCGCUCGAUUCAGGUGAAUGCUUCGUUCAACAAGCCCUCUAUGUCACCUACAGGGAAUUGCUUCUUGAAUUUUCAAUUGCUGCUGAACCAGCCCAAUGGGUGCACGGUGAUUCUGUCAACUGAAAAGGGUGUUGAGUGGCAAGGGAGGACCAAGCUAGGAGCCCUGCUGGAUUGGGCAAUGUGCUGGGUCAGGUUCACGGGGUUGUGCACUAGGCAAGAGAUCGAGGAGGGCUACAAGCAUUGGGAGCUGGAUGGCUAUGCAAUGUUUUCAUGCAGGUCACUCACCAUUGCGAUGGUCAUGCCACCAGAGCCGCAGGAGGAGGCCCGACCAUCCUCCAUGAAGAGGAAGCGUCCUGUGGAGCCUGAAGCCAUUGCAUAA